AUGAGCGCCGUGACGAUCACGCAAGUCAAGGUGCUCGAAAACCCCGGGCCGUUCCUCUCGCCGCUCCGCCUCGAGAUCUCCUACGACUGCAUCCGCCCGUUGGAGGACGAUUUGGAGUGGUCGAUCGUGUAUGUGGGAUCGGCCAACGACCCGGCGUAUGAUCAGGUGCUGGAGAGCGUUUUGGUUGGCCCGGUCAACGUUGGCUGCUUCAGGUUCAUCCUCGAAGCGGACCCACCUGAAGUGUCCAAAAUCGCGGAGGGCGAGAUCCUAGGAGUCACCGUUCUGCUGCUCACAUGCGCAUACCGAGAGCAGAAGUUUAUCCAAGUCGGGUAUUAUGUCAAUAACGAGUACGUGGACGAGGAGCUGCAGCAGGAACCCCCUUCCAAGGUCGUGUUUGAUAAGCUGUCGCGCAACAUCUGGGCUGAGAAGCCCAGAGUUACCAAAUUUGCCAUUAAUUGGGACCCUGUGGGAGGGUCGGGGUACGUGGAAGAUGCAAUGAUGGAGGAUGGAGGUCAAGAGGCGGGGUAUGGUGGGGAAGGUGAGCAUCGGAGCUUUGGUAUUGGAUCAGAACCUGCCCCUUGGGUUCCGGCUGUAUCAUUUGAUGCCGCAGCAGCGGAAGCAGCAAAUGCAGCACUCACUGACGCAGCAGUUACCGAGGCAGUGGCUGGUUUAAUCGCCGGAGAUGGAGCAGAAAAACUGAAAGGAGUGAGUGGUGCAGGGAGCACAAAACCCACAGAGGGUGCAGAGGUUCCAGAGGCUACAGAGGUAACAGCAGCAGCAGCCGAGGCUGCAGCUGUGGGCCGGACUGAGAUGGAUCUAGCCCCGGAACCAGCAUCCGAUGCAGGUUUGGAAAGUGGUUUGGGGGAAGCUGCUCCUGCAGUUCAUGUCACGGGUGGUGAAGGUCAAGACAAUGGCGUGUGUGCAUCGGAUAUGCAAGAGAGGGAUGCAGAGGCUUUGUUUCAAGGCAGCCUGAGGGUGCAAGAGAGCUGCUGA